CCCUCCUUCUUACUCGCUUGGCCCCACCGCUUCCUUCUCCAUCUCGUUUUAGCCCAUAUCUCUCUCCAGUCUCUUCCACUUUCCUUUCCCUCCGCCGUUUCCUUCUCCUUUUUCUCUAUGAACAAACGCCACCCUUCCACUCCCCAAAUGGCUUCUUCCUCAUUUCACUCCAAACCCUAACAAUAACUCACAGAAAAAUCACACAAUUCCCACUCGCAAUACAACCCCCAAAUCACCAGAAAAUGGAGAACUAUUCCUACUCUUCCUACCCUGAUUCCGGCGACUCCUCUCCUCGCUCCCGCGAGAUCGACGACACUCAAUCGUGGGACGAGCCCCCUUCCUCCAACUACAAGGUCAAGUUCAUGUGCAGCUAUGGCGGCAAAAUCCAGCCCCGUCCCCACGACAACCAGCUCGCUUACAUCGGCGGCGAGACCAAGAUCCUCUCUUUGGACCGCACCGCCAAGUACUUCGCCGUCAUGUCCAAGCUCUCCUCGCUAUGUGGCCUACCCGCCGCCGCCUCCGAAUCCAACCUCUGCUUCAAGUACCAGCUCCCCGGAGAAGAUCUCGAUGCCCUCAUCUCCGUCACGAACGACGAGGAUCUCGAGCACAUGAUGGCCGAGUUCGAUCGCCUCUGUCGCAGUGGCGCCUCCGCCAAGCCGGCUAGGUUGAGGCUCUUCAUAUUCAACCUAUCCCCCAGGAGGAGCUUCGGAUCCGGCAGUGGUGAGGCCAAAUCCGAAGGCCAGUGGUUUGUCGAUGCGUUGAAUUCCGUCCCUGUUGGCGGUGGUGACGACCACCAUCUCGAUUCAAUUGCAGUCCCUCCCCCGCCUCCGACCGUUGUUUCGGAGGGGAAUCCGGACUUUCUGUUCGGUUUGGAGAAAGGCUUCCCGUCUGGCGUUCCGAUCGCGAAACUUGCUGAGUCCACGCCGAUGGGUCAGCCCCCUCCCGUUCCAGAGGUUGUUGGCGGUGGUGUAGCCAGUAAGGACUUUUCUGUUGGGUCGGAUUGCGGGUCGGAGGACCGGCACGUGAUGGGCGACCCGGUCAUGAACCAGCAACAACAACAACACAUCCAAGACUUUCAUCGAUUCCAAAUCAGUAAUCAUGAACACAUCGCCGUCUCCAACUCCAGAGGCUUCCCCGGAGAAUUCUACGUCCAGAAAGUCCCCGAGAAAAUGACUCCCGCCGGCCCCUCCCCUGUUCCCGUGCAUGUGCAGAUGCCAAUGCCUGGCACCUACGUUCAGGAGCGUCACGUGACCUCUGGACCAUAUCCUGUCUCGGCGCCUGCCGGAAACGAGCACCAGUUUUAUCUAAUCCCUACAUCAAACGGUAUGUACCAAGCUCAAGGGUUGAGACCAAUGACCGGACAAAUGGGUCAUCCGGGAUAUUAUGGAGCACAGAGAGUGUUGCAAGAGGCUUACAGGGAACAACCAGCGGCGUGCAAUGCCAUGCCGGCGACUGGUAAUGCUACCACCAUUCAACAACAGCAUCAGCAACAGCAGCAACCGACUAAAGUUGGGGUUUACACAGAAGGAAUGGGAGUUGUUCAACAGAAGGUCGGGCUACCGGAGCAGCAGGGUUAUGUGCAAAUGGGUUAUGACAGCGCAGGGAGGCAAGUUUAUUUCACAUCGGCAUACCAGCCGGUGUCUGCUGCAACGCCCAUGGAUGCUAGGCAAGGUGUUGCUGCUGCUGGUGGUGCAGUUAAUCAGGAUGUUAAAGUUGCUGCAGCUGCUACCGCAACUCCUACUUCAAAAGUUGCUCAGGUUCAAGCUUCUUCAGUGUAAUUUCUCAAUUGUUCACUAUAGAUAUAUAUGAUUUUUUCAUUUUUACAAAUAAAGAAUCAAGGGAACU